AUGGAUGUCUUUGUAUCAAUACUCUUAAGCGAUGUUCAAGUUAAUCGUGGUUCCUCCAAGCUCACGAAAUUGACUUUCAAGACGCACGCACAACAUGUGAUUGAGAUUGACUUAGUUGCGAAGAAAAUAUCACAAUCAGCACCUAUGGAGUUCAUUCAAGAUCAGUCAAAGCUUCUCUUGAAAGUCCCCUCCUCAUUCUGUAAUGUUGAAGCCGAUUUUCCAAAAGGCUCCAAUUUGUACUUAAUUGAAUCUAUUGAAGCAGAUAACAAAGUGAUGAAACAUCCGAUUGAAGCGAAUAUGACUCAAUACAACAUUCAGCUCAGCUCGAAACUUAACGGAAAGUUUACUCUGCAGCUAAUGGAGGGUAGCCAGACCCUUUCCAAGCUGUCUGUCUUUCUCUUUAAUGAUGCGCCAAACACUACUCCUUCACAAAAAACUGAAAUUAUUGAUCCUGCAAACAUAGCAGAUCAUUCGGGGAAUCCAUUCCCAAUAUCUUUGGAAGAUGGACCCGUUUUUCGAGAAACGCUUAAUGACUAUGAGACCAAAAUCACGAAAUUGAAGCAAGCGAUACGAUCCACGAAUGACCUUUUAACUAGCUACGAAUCUUUAUCCAAUCAACUUUAUAGUUCCAGAGCGUCGCUCAUAAAAUCGUUCAGCGUCAUCGAAUCCACUUUUCCAAAUUUCUACUACUGUGAGUUUGACAAAUCCAUCGUUUACUCUUUUGAGAAUCUAACUGACGAAAACAAGUCCGCCAUAAGGCAGCUGAAAUCCAGACUCUCGUCGACUGAUAAACUCUCCGGAUUGGAAUCAUCUUUGGCAUCCAAGAAACGAGUGUUCGAGGACGAGAGCAAAAAGUACUACGACUGGCUCUCAAGGUUACUUAGUUCGGGCAAGUCCAAGGAUGAUAAACUUCUUCAGAAAAGAAAGGGUUUUGAAUUGGCCAAGAUUGACUACUUUGUUUUUCUUUUCGACACGCUUGUGAAUCUUAUUUUAGACUUUUGCAACCAUCAAAAUUCUUUCAUCAAUGCAUACAACUCCUCAAAGUCACAGCGACAGAAGAUCAGAGCAGCCGUUAAACGUGCUUCUUCAAUGGCUGAACUAAAUGCCGAACUAUCGAAAAUUCAUGGAAUUGCGGGUCCUAACAAGUCUGGUAUCCUGUUUACCCAGGGAGGCCAAGGAAAGUCUGGUUGGCACAAGCAAUGGGUUGUGCUUAACAAUGGUAAACUUUCCGAGUUCAUGGACUGGCGAAAAGGCACCUCAAGACGAAACGAGCCUAUUGAUAUAUCUUUAUCAAGUAUCAAGCCAUUGGAUAUGGAGAAGCGCAAAAACUGUUUUAGGGUCAUCACUAGUACCGGUAUAGAACACUACUUUCAAGCCACCUCUGAGGAAGAUCGCGAUUCCUGGAUUCAAGCGCUAUAUGAUGCAGGUCAACAAAUCAACUUCCAUAGGUCCAGGGGUGACUUGACUGGUGAUCCUCUCUUUAUGAACGUUAAGAAGACAAGGGAAACACAAUCUUUGGGCAACGACACAAAAAUAGAGUCCCUACAAACUGACGGUAGGCAGAGAAGAGUCUCCUCGGUUUCCUUAGAGAAUUUGCGCAUGGUUCAAAAGGUUGACAGCAGCAAUACUCGCUGCAGUGAAUGUGGAUCAACAGAGUCAGUGGAGUGGAUUUCUAUGAAUCUGCUUGUGAUCUUCUGUGUGAAAUGCUCGUCUUGCCACAGAUCACUUGGGACCUCGAUAUCUAAAGUUCGCUCACUCAAAUUGGAUGUUUUUACUCAGGAAGGCUAUAAGCUUUUGCAGUUUAUCAACAACAGGUUAAGCAAUGCUAUAUAUGAGGAGUUGCUGCCCAAAGAAUUUCACAUCAGCCCCGAUUCCAACGAUAAACAACGGCUAAAAUUUAUCACCAAUAAGUAUGCUGCGAAACAAUAUGUGAAUCGAAAAGACGCUGCAAAGGCCUCUGAUCUUUUGAUUCAUGGUGUGCGAACUCAUAAUAUUCCUGAAAUAAGCAAAAGUUUCGCGCUUGGCGUUGAUCGUGACUUGAAGCUAUACAAGCCGACUGAUCAACUUACAAACUUGGAUCCUCCUUCAUUUUCUGUUUUGGAGUAUGCUUUGAAUUACCCCUCUUUAGAGGGCAAGGACAAGUCUAUCAAGGUUUUUGACCUCGCAGAGUAUCUCAUUUUAAACGGAACAAAAUGUGGGGACAAGGUCCAGAAUGUGAUAGGCUUAUCCGACGAAGCACUGAAUUACUGGCAAUCAAAAAUUGACCGCUUCAAAGGAAGCUCUGCCAAAACUACGAAUACUGAACUGUUAUCUCAGACCGCCGCCGCACCAAAGUUCACGCCGAAGGAGCAUAAAUUCAAUCUGCUCAAAAAGAAGAUGAAAAAUUGA